GAGGAAGGUGCAGCUGAGGGUCGCUGUUUCCCUUAAACAACAUACGAGGGGUCGCUCUUGCACCGUUAAAGCCCUGACUGUCAGUUAGAUGAAACCUAAGCUGAUCCUGCGAGAGGAGCCCAGACUUGUCGUCACUGAGCCGCUAGCUGGGCGGAGAAAACGCUCGAUCUGUUGCUGCCGGGGCUAAGUGUUUGAAUACAGAAGAGGGAGGCGCACUUUUGCGGCGUGUAAACGGCAGGAAAAUCUCUCACAUUCAGAGGCGCAAACGACAAUUCAGGAUCCGCUCGUUCUGUGCUCCUUUUCACAAAGGGAAUUUACGUUUUGUUCGUAUUUGCAGGUUUUAUCCGUUAUUUUUUUUACUAGAGGAAUGAAUGACCAAGACAAAGGCUGAUGUGAAAUUGAUAAAGACGCUUAAUUCUUCUAGAUUAGGAGCAAGACAAACCAUGGAUGUUGAAAACGCGAACAAUGAGAGCCCAAAGCCCGAGCCACACCAGUUUGAGCAGCAGCAUGCCGUCCACCCGCAGAGCAGUGGCGAGAAGAAAAAAGUGAACCGGGCGCCUUCACCGGCCAGACCAAAGGAUGUUCCUGGCUGGUCCCUGGUAAAAAGUCGAGGCGGCGGUACAACCAGUUUCCAUGUUAAGACGGGGCUUCUGCAUCUUGGCAGCCGGGCAUCGAGGCGCAGCCCCGGGAACAGCAAAGACUCCAAACCCGAGAAACACAAGCAGGCUGCCCGCACCCCUUCAACCGGCACCGGUGCUCACAAAACUGGCUGCAGCAAGUCGGGAAAAUCUGCGAGGAGGAAGAUCUCGGACGCCAGCAACGCUUCGGAUGAUCUGAGCAAAGACUCGGGCUGUGCUCUCGGCAAGCUGUCCCCGACAGACAGUAGCUCGGAAAUAUCGGAUUGCGCCUCCGAGGAAAACAAGCUGUCCACAGACGCUCUGAGCAGCGAUACGGAGUCCAGCAACCGAGGAGGGAGAGGCGUCGCCGAGAGAACGGGAGAGCAGUCCGCUAAAACCCCAAUCGAGACGGAGCGACGGCUCUGCCUGGGAGUUGGCACAGCCGACGGGGAAGAAGGCAUCUCACCGGCGGAUGAGCGUUCUACAGCUUCUCUGGACAGCCGUCUUCAUAUCAGUACCUCACUGGCGUUUUCCGAUCUGACGGAGGAGUUUAUGGAUGGGAUGCAGGAGGAGUUUGUUAGGGAGAUUGAAGAGUUGAGAUCGGAAAACGAUUACUUAAAAGAUGAAAUUGAAGAAUUACGAUCUGAAAUGCUGGAAAUGAGGGAUAUGUACAUGGAAGAGGAUGUCUAUCAGCUUCAGGAUCUCCGACAACAGCUAGACCAGGCCAACAAGACAUGCCGCAUUCUUCAGUACAGACUUCGAAAGGCUGAGCGCAGGAGUCUGCGGGUGGCACAGACAGGCCAGGUGGAUGGCGAACUAAUCCGUGGUUUGGAGCAGGAUGUCAAGGUAGCAAAGGAUGUCUCAAUUCGUCUUCACAAUGAGUUAGAAGCGGUAGAAAAGAAACGCUGCAAACUAGAGCAGGAGAAUGAAGAACUACUGCAAAAAGUUCUCGACCUGGAGGUGGCCAAGCAGGUUCUUCAAGCAGAGUUUGACAAAACCAAAGAGAACUCCUUGAAGAAAAGAGGAGUACGUUCUGUUGGCAAGACAGACAAGAAACCAUCGCCUCAGGAGGACAGUGCUGAUCUCAAAUGCCAGCUACACUUUGCAAAGGAGGAGUCAGCCCUUAUGUGUAAGAAGCUCACAAAGAUGGCAAAGGAUAAUGAAAGCAUGAAAGAGGAGCUGGUUAAGUAUAGGUCUUUGUAUGGAGAUCUUGACAGCUCACUGUCCAUAGAGGAGGUAGCCGAUUCACCCCAUUCCAGAGAAGCAGAGCUAAAGGUUCACCUAAAGCUAGUGGAAGAAGAAGCCAACAUUCUUAGCAGGAGAAUUGUGGAGCUAGAAGUGGAGAACCGUGGUCUGAGAGCUGAAAUGGAUGAUAUGAAGUGCCAAGGUGACCGUGAACAUGGAGGCCACUUGUUACUGGCUUCCACAAAUUAUGGUGAAAAUGGAGAAAGUAUAAUAGAACUUAAAAGGCACCUCCAGUUUGUAGAAGAAGAGGCUGAUCUUUUGCGACGUUCCUUGUUAGAGCUUGAGGAACAGAAUAAAAUGUUAAUGAAUGAUCUAAACAAGUACAAGUCAGACCAUGACCUGGAUACCACCAUGUCAGAAGACAGCUGUUCUGUCAUAAGUGAGCCAUCACAGGAGGAGCUGAUUACUGCCAAACUCCAGAUUGGUGAGCUAAGCGGGAAAGUAAAGAAGCUUCAGUAUGAGAACAGAGUCUUGCUAUCAAACCUACAGCGCUGUGAUCUGGCCUCCUACCACUCCACUCGACUUGCGAUGGAGACUGAUGCUGAGGCAGGAGACUCGGCCGAAUGUGUUCCAACAACCUUUAGGAGAGAAGGUCCCAUCGGUGGAGAGAAUGAUUCUGGGGAGAACAGGGAACAAAAGAACAGAAUUAAGGGCAAUCACAACAGAGAUACUUAUGAGAUGUGUGCACCUGAGAUUCUCAGAGGCAAAGAUUACGAUGAUCUUAUUGCCAUUAAAGAUCAAGCAUCACUUGUUACUAAAGCCAUAGAAAUGCUGAUGUCAGAAUCCAAUGGGUUCAUGUCAUUUUCUAAGCUCUGUCCGAAUGUUGAAUCAACAGAUCCGAGUCUUAGCGAAAAUUUGGAAAGAAAUGAAUGCAACAUUGACAUAAAGUUUUUCAAUGCCCUUAAUAUGCGAUUGAGUGCCUUACAAAGAGAGUUGUCCAUCUUUAUGGAGAAGGUAGACACCCUUGGAGACUCAUUGAGUGAGCAAACAGAAGCCAUUGUGCCGUAUAGUCUUCUAACUGAGCCACAAGACUCUUUAGCAGAUGUUCCAAGAAAAGAACUUGGCAGUGAUCAGAAGCAGCCUGAAUUUAGGGGCCAAAUGGAGCGGGAGAUAGCCGGUCACAUCCAAGGACCACAAGACAUUUACCUUAAUGGUAUAACUGAAGACCACAACAACGAAAGUGACCAAGAUGCCAAGGUCAAUCGAUGGGGUGAGCAAGACAUCCUUUCAAUUGAGCGGCCAUCAGAACAGAUCAAAGAGUUGCAGUCACUUCUCUACGAGGCAAAAGAGAGUAUCCAAAUCCUGCAAGAGCAGCUGUCUCAGGAGAGGCAGAAAUACAGAGAAGAUGUCGAAUGCUUUGCUCAGAGGAUCACACAGCUGAAAGAGGAGCAACAGAAGGCCUUAGUGCGGCGAGACUUUGAGUUUCAGAGCCUCAGCUUGCAGACGCGUCUGGAGCAGAAAUUCUGGAGUCAAGAGAGGAAUUUGAUAGUGCAAGAGUCACAACAAGUGAAGAAGAAUAUCCUCCUGCUCAACCUUAAGCUCAGGUGGUUCCUUAAACAGUGGCGCCUGGGCAAGAAGCUGGAUAAUGAAGAGCAGGGCUUCCUUGAGGUUAAAAGUGUGAAAGAUCUGUAUAUGCUUAUCCACCAGGAGGACUUGGCUUCUCACCAAGUUGAUAACAAGACAGUGACAGCUGAUGAUCCAUCCCAGAAUUCAUUAGUGCUGGAGAGAACAAACAACAUUCCAGAGAAAAGCUGCAAACAGGUUAGCGAACUCAGCAGUUCCUUCGCGGACCUUAAGGAGGCUGUGCGGGACAUGUGUAUGGAGCUCCAGGAGGAGAGACGGAGCUCCCAAGAGCUGACUCAGCAAUUUGCAAAAGCAAAGGCUGCCUGGGAGGUUGAGAGGACAGAGCUCAAAUGCAGCAUCAGUCAGCUGGAUUGUAAGGCCAGCAAGCCAAAUCUGGAGAAGGCCCCACCAGAGCUUAAAGCAACUCUCAAGAGGGAACGAGAAGAACACCAGCACCUACUGGCCGACUCUUACGCAGCUGUCAUGGACCUAACCAAGCAACUGCAGAUCAGUGAGAAGAACUGGAGUCGAGAAAAGCUGGAGCUGCUAGAGCGAUUUAGCCAGGAACAAAGCCAAUGGGAACAAUGCAUCCGGGACUCCCAGAAUAAACUCAACCAGGCAUCACCAGAAAAAAUUACUGAAAAGGAAACUUCGUCUGAAGCGGAAACAAAAGGAACAAAUCUUCAGAGAACAAAAUCAGUUUCCUCUAUGUCAGAGUUUGAGAGCCUGUUGGACAGCUCACCGUUUAUUCCUUCCCACCCUCACAAUGACUCCAACAGAGAUGACAGCAAAGCUCAGCCAGGAGUUCCGGAGAUUUCCAGUAACAUCUCAGACAUGGCAGAUUUAAAUGAAAAGAAUUGGAAGUACCUCACAAAUGAAAAGGCCCUCAUUGAGAAAGCUGAUCCUUUCAAGACAUGGGACUGCUCUACAACAAUGAAGAGCUUUUCCGGUCAUGAUCAAAGUUUAGCAAACAUGCAAAGGAGUUACACUGCACCAGAUAAAACUGGCAUCAGGAUUUACUACAGUCCACCAGUGGCACGCAGGAUGGAUGGCUCUUUAUCGCAAGGAACUAAUGAUGGAAAAAUGAUGGUUGAACCUGGGUAUUUGUUUACCAUGGCCAAACCCAAAGACCUUGAAAAAUCGGAGAACCCUUUGGAGAGUACAUACAGUAGGUGGUUGUGUAACUUCUCCAAGCAACACCGGGAUUUGCUAGAGAGCAGCUCUGUCUCGCAUUCAGUUGUGGCAUCUGGUGGAUUGCCUUCCUCAUUCCACAGCCUAGAAAUUUCCGGCAAUAUGAGUGAUGAUAUGAAGGAAAUGACAAACUGUGUGAGGCAAGCUAUACGAUCAAGUUCAUUAGAGAGAAAAUCCAAGGACACUGCAAGUCAGACCAUCCUCGUCUCCACUACUGCCACUCAGACCACACAGUUUGUCAGCAUUGGUCUUCAGACUGAUGGCCCAAGAAGUAGCCUACAUACCAAGAGCUGGUCACCAAGGAAUUCUUCUCUGAUGUCAGCCCGCAGCAGGCAGAUCUCUACCUCCUUGGAAAAAGUGCAUAAUAGAAUUGAGCGGCCAUGUUGCUCACCUAAGUAUGGUUCUCCCAAGCUGCAAAGGAAGCUAACUACGUCCUCGUCCAAAUUAGACAGCACAAAAGACAGAAGUCUUUGGAAUCUGCACCAUAGGGGCCACAGUGGGUCAGCCUGGGCUAGAUCUACUACAACCAGAGACAGCCCAGUGCUAAGUGGACUCAAUGAUGGGCUGUCAAGCUUGUUCAAUGUAGUGGAACAUAACGGGAGUACAGAAUCCCUGUGGAAGGGAGUCACCCAAGAGGCCAAAACCAAGACUGAGGUACCAAAAUAUGGCAUUGUCCAGGAGUUCUUUCGCAAUGUCUGUGGCAGGGUACAGACCCCCACAGCUAGUAUGGAGAGGCAACACAGAGAUGUCACUAUUGAUGAUGGCUGCAAAAAAUUAGACUAUAAUUCUUCGACUCUGGUGUCUUCUCUUAGUGGCACCCAAACAGAUGCUGUUUCAAAAAUUGUGAGCAAAAGGAUCCUGAAACAGAACACUAAGGAUGACCAAAGCCAAAACACUAAAGAUUCUGCUACAAGGGACAUCAGCCUGAAUUCUUCCAUUGCACUUGAGGAUGUCGCCUGUGACUGCACGUCACAAUCCCUCACCUCUUGUUUCUCCCGAUCAGCAAGGUCAGUGACACGCCACUCCCCAGCACAGUGCAACGCCCGCACUUCUGACCCCUGUGCAGCUGAAGACAAAACGGAUGGUUCAGAGUAAGGGUUUGCACCAGGUCUAUUGCUACAAUGGGAGACAGUGCUCACAGCAAGAAGAGAAACAUUUCUUUUUAAAUAUUUAUUUACAAGGAAAAAAGAAAGCCAAGUAAAACCAGCAAUGAAUAGUGAAACUGUCUGAAGAGCCAUUUUAUUUCUACCAUGUUUCUUACAAUAUAUUGUUACUUUCAGAGCUAUUUUUUGGUUCCCUUGUUCUGCUGCACUACAAGGCAACUUUGUCUCCCUUGGUGUGGGCAAAUCUUUUUACUUUGGAAAAAAAUAUUUUAAAGCACAUUUAAGGCUUUCCAAAUUCGUUUCUCUGUACCAGAGUGAUCAUUUAGAAAGAACAUGCAUACCUCCAAUAAUAGGUCAAACCAGAAAUUAGAGUCAUUUUUAAUAAGAACACCUUUAAAAGUCCUGUGAGAUGUUCUGAGCUCUAAGAAUCCUUAUUGUGGCUCAAAUCAGUGCUUAUAAACCUUUUAUUAUUCAUUCAUCAAGUUAUGUAGCCAGGGAAUAUUCCUUAAAUAUGCAAAUAGGCACUUCACGGCCAGUUUAUUUGGUACACCUCUCUGUUAACUAGUCCAGCAUCUGUGCAGCUUGACUAUGUCAGAAAGACCGAAGAUGUCAAUGUGCAGCAUUAGGAUGGUCAUAUAAACUAUAUUGUCUCUUAGUUAUUUUAAAUUAAGUGGUUGUGCAUUCUCAACCUACCCAUGACACUGCCAUGCAUGACAACUUCAGCAAGAUUGCUGUUACUGAUACACUCGUGCCAGCCCAUGUGGUAUGUUCAAAGCUAAUGUUCUUUAGUGUUCUCCCUGUGAAUUGCACAGAGAUGCACACAGUGUGUCGACGCCUGUCUACCUGCUUAAAACAGAACUGUCCAUACAUACAAUGCUGUCACUGCUCUGGUGGAAAGGUGUACCUAAUAAAGUGACCACAUUGUGAAAUGCUGCAUUCAUUAACUUUAAUAAAUACGAUCAUCCUCAACAAAUCCCCAACAUUUUUCAACUUCCAAAUAAUUAUUGUGAUAGUAAAACAAUAAAAAAAGUAUUAGGCCCCAUUUAAGUUUUUUUCUAGCGUUCUAGUGCUGAACCGGAACACUUCUCAAACCACUUGUAAAGUUACUUGCUAUUAUUUUUCAAUAACAGUAUUUACAUCUAGUUUUACAUUAGAAAACCAAAUGAGGCAGGUAGACCCGUUUCUGGCUUUAAGCAGGAACUCUGGGUGUGAAAACAAAGGCUGAAAACCACUGGUCUGAGUAGCGAGAAAGGGCAGUUGUUCCACAUUGAGACGUGACUAGUUAGCAAAACAGUACUAUCAGAAAACUAAAUUCUGUUUCUUGCCCUUGAGUUUGUUUAUUAGCUUAUCAGCAAAUGUGUAAUAAGCACAUCAAAUCAAUGUCAUAAUUGCCUAAAAUGUUGUGCUUUAUCUCUCCUGAUUGUUUUCUGAGAUUUCAAUUAUGGUCCCCGUCUUCGUGUUUACGCAGAACUCUGUUGGAAUGUUAUGAGAAAAUGUGUAGAUUCACAAUCAAUAGUAUAUUGCUAUCCCAGUUAUUUUUUGUUGCAUGAAGGCAUCAAAAAUGAAACGCAACUUUUAAAAAUAGACAUUAAUUUAUAAUAAUCAACUAUUAGAACUGUGCAUGUGGGACCAGUGAAUUUUUUUUUUAACAUUACUGCUGUCUUUCUUUUUUGAAAGAAUGGUUAUGAAUAGUAAAUUUUACUAUUAACACUUAACCUUUUAACUUUUUAAAAUUCUUUUUAUACUGAGGGAAUUGCUUGGUUUAAUUUAAUGUUUUGUAUCAUUUCUCAAUGGUGCUGAAAUAUACAGAAUUCCGAGUAAUUGGUAUACUAAGAAAAAAAGUUUUUUUUUUAAUUUUGGUAUUACAAUAACGACAUGACUGAAGGAAAAUCACUGUACUGGGGUGGAUAAUUUACUGUACUGUCAUGUUUAGACGUGUCACUGACGUUGAUCAUUUAAUCCCUAAUUUUCAGAAGUGCACUAAAUAGUUUUUGGCACAAUCCGCUUACAUUUUAUUUGUUUCUGAUAUUUGUACGUCCUUACUGCUACUUCGUCACUCAGUGACUGACACACAGUGUAGAACAUUUACAUAUUUUCAUGAUGACAGAAUAAAUUAUGGCUCACUUCAGGGCUUACUAUUCUGAAACCUAAACUUGACAACCAAAUUUACUAAAUCACGGUGAACUCCCACUUACUCCACUCUGCAGUUGUCUUUUGUAAUAAAAAUUAUUCAAAUAAACACCAACACUGACAAUAGUGAUGUCCACAUCCCCAUGUAGAUAACUCCAGAUCUGUAAUCUUCAACAUCCAGUUCUAUGUAUCCUGGUAACUUUGUGACUCAAUUCAUUUUAAUCCUACUUUCUCUUUUGUUUUCCACUUGAUAAGAAAAAAAAAUGUCAGUGCUUUCCCAUAUUAUUCUGAUAUACUUCACAAAGAGUUCAUAGAGAGUUGACGGCCUCCCUUCUAAAACUCCUCAUUUCAGCACAGCUUUACUCUAGUGUCACUUGAACUUACAUUUUUUAUUCACAUGUUGCUAUAUUUAUCACAAAGUUGAUCAUUUCAAAACUUCAAAACCCUCCCACAUAACCCUUUUUAUUUCAUAUGUUCCAAAGUGAAUUGCCUUUCGUCACCCAAAUGUGUGUUUCAUAUUUCACGAUACGCAGAGUUAUGGAAAUUGAACUGAAUGAAGACAAUAGAAUCUACUGUGACACGUAACUGAAUGCGGAUUUGAAAGAUGUACGCCUUUUGAAAUGUGGAACUGAGAAACCAGAACUGUUUUACAUCGUCUUUCUCUAUUUUGUUCCUGCACUGGCUUAUGGUUAACUCCACGCACAGUAUACAUUUUUAGGGACCUUCAGGGAAGCUUGCAGGGAUCCAUGCAUAGCUGGAGAAUGCAGAACACUACAUGACCAUUUACCGAGGCUACCUCACCUUCCCUCCCUUUUCUAUUUUAUACUCCAUUUCUUUCUGUUAAACUCAAUUUAAAUAGAAACACUAGAAACUGGUGCCUUUUUUUGUACAUUUUUUUUCAGAGCAUUUUAACAAAUGGUUACACUUCAAUAUACUGAGCUAGCGUAUUACAUAAUUAUCUGUGUUUUUAAAUCUUUAAAGAUGUUUUGUUGAGAAUAAAUGAGCUCAGUUAUACUAUUGUUAACAGAGAUCAUUUUUAAUAGGAGAGGCAAGUGUUCUACUUAGACUAAGGUCCAGGCAACAAACAUUGUAGCUUGAAUUUUGUUCAUCACUAAACACAUUAACCAGUAAUGGGACCUUCUUUAGGCUUCUGCAGCCUGGCUGCUUCUUUAGUUUCUGUUGAUAAAAUGUAGGUGCGUACUUUACCACAGCGCUCUGUUCAGAAUAACUGCUUAGGUUAGGCGAAGCUUUCAUGACAUUUGAAUUGCAUUUUUAAAAACGGCUAUCAGUUUGAUGUCAUACAAUCACAGAUUUGGCUACUUUUGUUAAACUUGGUUAUUUUUAAAGAUUUCAUUUGUAAAACUGACAUUGUCAUACAUUCUGUGUUUAUUACUUUGUGGCAGUUAAGCACAGUUUUGGCUCCUCAGAUGAAACCCAACAUUUAGCCACUACCACCACACAAUGGCGUCCUUGCUUCUUGUUCACACAUUCCAUUUGUUUGACAGUUUGCAGAUGUCAAACACAAAAGCCCACACUCCACAGGGGGAAGCCCAGCCACUCAAGUAGAUGUCCCUUUCUUUAAAUUACUGAAUAACGUGUCUGUUCAUGUAUAUUGUAGGUAAUAAUUUCAAAAUAGUGUCACAAAGCCAUAUAAUUACCCUGUUACUUUAUCAAGUAGUCCUCCAAGAACUUUUUGUAACAUUUUCUUACUGAAGAAGGAAUGAAAACCAAAUGCCAAUAUCCUUCCUUAAAGGUUAAACAUAAAAGAUUUCCCAAUUUAUCCUCUUCCCAAACACAGGCAGACAUAUAAUUAGCCCUCACUUACCUCACUUGCGCUUUGGUGUUAUUGGUGCUUCUUGUGGUACAUUUUCAUUUGGCAAAAGCAAGUAGAAUUCAAAGCAAGAAAAAAAGCAGCCUUAAACUUUACAAUAUAUUGGUACGGCACAUUAUAUCGGAUACAGUGGCCACACCAGGGACAAUUUAGAAUCGCCAAAGCACCUAACCUGCAUGCCUUUGGACUGACCCCAGACAUGGGGAGAACAUGCAAACUCCACGCAGGGAGGACCCGGGAAGUGAAACCAGGUCUCCUUUCUGCGAGGCAGCAGCGCUACCCACUGCGCCACCGUGCCGCCUCCACAAUGGCUUAUAAGACCAAAAGUUGAGUAACAGACCUUUCGUGAAGUUUUCUGGAAAACAAAACCGCCUUCACUUUAAAGGUUGACCCCAUAGUAAACAGUGGUUGUCACCAUGCUGCAUUGGCAUUGCAUUUUUUUUAUUGUUUGUUUUUGUUAGAGUGUACAGUAUAUUUGCAUAACUGAAGUUCUGUUUUACUGUAAAAACGAUUUUGGCAUAUAAAGAGCUGAAAUUAUUAGAGAACAAAAAUCAUUUUUACCCACAAGACAAACAGAAGAUUAGCACUUGAAGCAAGCUGUAAGCUGUGCUCUGCUCUUUAGCGAUCGCAUUCUCCUUUCAUUCCGUAUUUAAUAACUUCAGCCAUUCAUUGCUACUGGUUUGGCAAAACAAUUUCCAUCACUCGCACCUACGACUUCAUAAUGGUCGCGCCAUGCAUGCUUUACACAACCCCAUGUGCCAUUCGUUCAUACUGUCAUCGUCUCAUUCAGAGCAUUAUAACAUUUUGACCAUGUAGUUAUAUUUUGGAAAAUUAAAAAAAAAAAAAAGUUGUUAGCUGAACUGUUAAUAAUAGUUAAAUUAUUUAAUAUGCCUGUACUUUUUUAAUAUUCUGAUACAAAAAGCAAAGCAAUCUUUUCAUGUUAUUGUAAGUUAAAUAUAAAUAUUGUAAUUUAUACCGUAUUUCGUUUCUAUCCUUCAGUAGGAGAUGCUGAUUGUCUAUAAUAAUUUUGAAACAUAGUUAGAGAUGUCAGAAAUUAAUUUACACUCCUCCACUUUCACAGGAGAGCAUUUUUGUAUAUAUGAUGAAAAAAAGAUGUUAAAAUGUAGUAUGGGGGUAGAAAAUGUUUAUUUGUACUGUGAGGUUUUCCAACUCCAGAUUUCAUGGAGUUUCUUGUUGUUUCAUGUCUUCUCUAAGAAUAAAUGUUUUUGAAAACAAAA